UUCAUUUCGCUCACACACACACACACGCAGUCGCAUCCAGCAGCGAGCCCCCCCCUCCCGUUUCUCUCCGCCUGGAAAGAUGGCUGCUCCGGCGGUGGUGAGGAGCUCCGGCCCGGCGCUGUGCCCGAGCUUCGCGGAGGUCUGUUCGUUCCUGGAGCGGUACGGAGCGACGCUGGAUCUGCCCGAGAUGACUUUCCCGCAGAUGGAGCGGUAUCUGCGGGACACGACGGCAGUCCCUAAACCCCUCGUGGAGCUUCACGUGAAGCUGCUCAGAAAACUUGGGAGGUCUGUAACGACAGACCGCUGGGAGAAGUACCUGGCUAAGGUUUGCCAGGAGCUGAACAGUACUUGGGCGUGGGAGCUGGAACAGAAGGGCUACCAGGAUAUGUCCAUGGAGUGCAAGUCGAGCAUCCUAAAAUAUCUGUGCGAGUGUCAGUUUGAUGACAACCUGAAGUUCAAGAUGGCGAUUAAUGAGGAGGACCCAGAGAAGAUGCGUCUGCAGCCGAUCGGUCGGGACCAACAGGGCCUGAUGUACUGGCUUCAGUUCGACCACGAGCAGAACAUCCGGCUGUACACGGAGGAGCAGGACGAUCUGGACGGAUCCACCUGGCAGUGCAUUGUCAGGACUCGUAACGAUCUGGCUGAAGCUCUGGACCUGUUGAAGGCUCAGAUCAGUCCAGCCCUGAAUCAGGAGCAGGACCAGAACCAGGCUGGAUCCAGGAGCAACAGCCCCACAGAGAAAGGUGCAGGGGAUGAGGUAAUAGGAAGCACUGACCCAGAACCCUCCAAGACCACAGAGGAACCCGCCGAGAGCAAGACGCUUGACCCCAUAAAGGAAGAGAAACCCCUCAUACCAGAGCUAAAGGAGGAGCAGAUGCAGUCAAUAGAGGGGGAGAACACAGACGCUGAGGUAAAAGAAAAGACGACGGACCACAAACCCCCUGUGUUCGAUAAUCGGGUCAGCACCAUCACCACCAUUGUCAAAUCUGAAUCCAGGGAAUCCGACGCCCCCAAAAACGCUGUGUCGGUUGUAAUGGCACCAGGCACGACUGUGAUAAAACAGGAAGUUAACAAGGAAGAGGAGGCUGGGCGGGCCGUUGUCAGGAGCAACCAGCAGGCAAAGAUACCACUGAAGAAGAGGGAGCUGAAGCUCGCAGAGAGCUACCAGAGCAGCCACCUUAACAACAGCAGCAGCAGUAUUAUUGUUUGUAACCCCUCAGUGAUCCAGAGCAAGGACAGAAGAGAGGGGAAGUUACUUAACUCAGUAGCACCCCCUUGUGGUCCCUCUAUGCCACAACAGCAGCAGUUAGUGGUCAGUGCAGCGAAGCAAGAACUGACGAAUGGGAGAGCGUCUGUGCUCCUGCCUCACAAAGACGGACAGAAUGGAGUCAUAGGGGUCAUAGGUCAAGUCGGUGUAAUAGGUCAUAUAGGGGUCAUCCGCAGUCCGUCCGAGCGUCACAGAGCCCCUGGCGCUGAGCAACAGGAACCAAACGGGCCAAGUGUAGACCACUGGAGCUCCAGAGUUGUGGAGGAAGAGCGGGAGGUGAGCCGGCAGUCAGUGCUGGUGAGGAAGGGACCUGUUGAAGGUGACACGUCGGCCUCAGCAGCCUCCGCUCUCCCUCUUCUUGUGGCAAAGGAGGCGCAAACACCCGAGAAGCUGCUAAUGACAUCUUCAAAGUCUGAUCAAGCCCCUAAAGCUGUAGAGAGAGAAGUGGAUGCUGUUAGCAUUUCUUCACUGUCUCAGUCCACAGAGGAACCCAAGAGACAGACGACAGAAGACCUGUGCAAAAAAGCAACAGAGGAACCAUCGGAGAAGGGGACAGAAAGUGGGCCCAGCAGUCUUCACCAGAAAGAUGAUGACGUGGACGAGAGGGAGGGGAGGAGAGGAGAAGUGUCUGGGGCAGAGGAAGGAAGUAAGGAUUACAAUGAAAAGAGUAAGAGCACUUUGGGGAAGAUGGAGGCAGAAUCAGGGGGCGCCGUUCCUCCUCUAAAAGUUGAACAGAGAGAUGAAAAUGACCACCUGGACCACCAGGGAGAUGGGGUCAAUGAUGAGCUGGCUGCCCAGGUCAGGGUUAAGGACACUGGGCUGCGGUCAGAGGGGAAGCAGGGUCCCCUGGAGGAGGCAUCCUCCGAACUCCAGAAAGAAGGAAUCAGGCUGAAGAUUAAGAUUCCUCCUCACAGGAGAAACAAGUUAAGGAAAGGUGGAAAAGAGGGGGAGAAAGAGAGGGAGCAGGAGGCCCAAGACGAAGGGAGGCAGCUGAGGAGAUCAACCAGGAUUUGCAGGCCGAGCUCGAAGGUGGCGGAGAGCCAGAGGAAGAAACCACAAAAAAAACAGGCACUGGCCUCCAGAACAAGGGAAGAAGAGGAGGAGGAGGAGGAAGAAGAGGAAGAAGAGGAGCAGAGCUCAGCUACAAAGAAAGACAUAAAAGCAGAAGUGGCUGGGCAAAUUAGAAAACGAAGGGGCAAACGGAGGCAUCGCCGCCCCCGAUGGUCCAACAUCCGUUCGAAGAGACGUAAGCUGAAUGAGGGGACGGAGGUGGAGGACAGAGGGACGAAACGAGAAGAUGAGGAGAGCGAGGGAGGGAGCGACUCAGAAGAAUCUUGUAAAUCAGAGGAGAUUCCCAGUGAGGAUGCCUGUAGUCACUGUGGCCUGCCCAACCAUCCUGAACUGAUCCUGCUGUGUGACUCUUGUGACAGUGGAUACCACACCGCCUGUCUGCGUCCACCGCUCAUGUUGAUUCCAGAUGGAGAGUGGUUCUGUCCGCCCUGUCAACAUAAACUGUUGUGUGAGAAACUGGAGGAGCAUCUGCUGAAUCUGGACAGUGCCCUGAAGAAAAAAGACAGAGCAGAGAGGAGGAGAGAGCGUCUGGUGUAUGUGGGAAUCAGUGUGGAGAACAUCAUUCCUGAAGGAGACGGGGAGGAGGAAGAGAAGUCCACAAAGAAGAAAGACCCCAAAAAGAGUAAAAAUCUGGGCCGAAGAUCGACAAGAACCAGGAAACACAUCAGCUACAGGUUUGACGACUUUGACGAUGCGAUCGAUGAGGCUAUCGAGGAAGACAUCACUGACCUCUGUGCCGUAGGAACCGAGCGCAGCAAAGACAUCACUCCCAUCCUGUCAGAGGACAGGAAGGAGAGCCAGCGGCCAAUCAGAAGCCAAGCUCAUUCUGUCAGGAGCAGGAAGAAGAGGAGGCUGAACGACCUGGAGAGCGACAGCACGGCAGCAGAGAGUGAGGAUGAGUUCAUGCUCAGCAACAGCUCUGAGGAUGAAGAAUUCGGUGCAUCGGGGGCAGAUGACGAUGAGGAGGAAGAUGAAGAUGCCGGCAGCGAGGUGGGCAGCUGGGACAGUGCGACCCGCCCCAAGCGGCCGUUGAGAGGGGUGCCCAAACAACGACCCAGCAAGACCCAGCGCAGGGGGAGGAAACGACAGAGGCGGCGGCGGAGACACUCCUCCGAGGAAGAGGAGGAAGAAACUGAAGAAGAAAUGGACUCCGAUCAGUACAGUGACAUGUCCGACAGUGAUGCUGAUAAAAAGAGGCGGGGCCUGAGGCGCGGCCAGCGGCAGCAGGUCAACUACCGCGAGACGUCCGAGUCGUCGGACAACUCCAAGGCCUCCGCCAGCAAGAACAAGGUCAAACCCCGCGGGCGGCCGCGCAAGGAGCAUCUCUCCAGCGACUUCAGCGAUGUGUCGCGUUCUUCCAGAGACUCCGGGGACGAGGAGGAUUAUGAAGACGAAGACGAAGAUGACCAGAGACGGAGGGUGAACAGGAGGAGAAAGGAGGAGAAAGACCAGUGGAGGAACAGGAUGAAGGAAAAGCGGAGGAGACACCGAGACAAGGAAGACGACAGAGAGAGAGGGAGGCGGCUGAAAAGGAAACUGCUGGAGAAGGAGGAGGACAAGCGGAGGAGAUUAAAGAGGACAGACAGAGAAGAGGAGGACAUGGAGAAGAUGGGCAGAGGAAAGAGGAGAGAGAUUCUGUCAGAGCAGCGGCGCCGGCGACUCGCUCAGAUGCUGAAGAAACGACGGCCUUCGACGGACGAUGACGACGAGGAGGAGUCUGAGGAGUCUGAGUCGUCAUCGGAAGAGGAUCGUCCCGUCCGCAAAAGACUCAACCGCAUCGACUCGGAUGAUGAUGAUGAUAAGAAGGAGGAGGAGGAGGAAGAGGAAGAAGAAGAAGAAGAGGAAGAGGAAGAGGAGGGGAGACAGAAGGUGACGACCAAAAAGUCUUCAGCAGUCGAGAGGAGGUCGGACAGCGAAGCUCAGGAAAAGGGGAGGGGCCGUAGCUUGUCUCCGUCAAACAUACAUCGGACCUCCAGAGGCCCAGUGAAGCCCGGGGAUGGAAGUCCCACAGUACCCAGGGACAGUGAAGCUUCAGGCCAGCAGGGCAAGCUCAACGGCCCCUUCCUUCCAGACCAGGAGGAGGAGGAGGAAGAAAAGGAGGAGGAGGGGGAGGAGGAGGAGGGGGCCAGACAGACUCAUUAAACUCUGUCCAGAACAGUCCGCAGUCAUGAUGGCUGUUUGUGUGAAUAACGCUCGCUUAUUUCUUUCAGUUUCUUUUUUUACUGUCAGGCCUUUCACCCACAGCCCACCUCUGAAACACCACCUCCCUCCACCUCCCUCCCCUCUGCUCCUCCUCUUUGCUCCCCCCGUCUCCUCCUCACUGUUGUAUCGUGGUCGAGUGCUGUCCACCAUCACGUGCUGUACCUCGCAACAGACACUCAUGAGUACACUCUCACGCUCAUCCUCACGUCCGGCAGAACGUAGCUGGACCAGCGCAGCGUCGCAGCGUCGCAGCGGGACCGGCAGCAGCCGGAGCGUCGCAGCGGGACCGGCAGCAGCCGGAGCGUCCGUGGACGCACUCGAGCGAGGCCGCAGGUCGUUGUGACCAUUUCCCAGGGCUCUGAGUUACGGGCGACUUUCUGUUGGGUCCAUGUGACGGGACGAUGGCGGUUUCAUCCCGUUGGGGGAGUAUGUGGUGUACCUCAUUCUUAGCACUUCAUCAUUCUCAUAGCACUUAAUAACCAGCCACCCAGAAGAGGGCCAGUGUCAAGCUGAACACUUUGGGUCGGGAGGCGAGACGACAACUCACACAACAGGGUUUUCACUGUUUCCUAAGAAUGAGCCAGUAUCCUGAAGGUUCAUGGUUCUAACAAGAAUCUAAAUCGUUCGCUGUCUCUGUCUGCACGGGCUGUCAAUCAUCUUUAAAUCACGUUGACACAAAGUCUCUCGUGUUUUAAAUCAGUUGUUUUGGCUUAAAGGAGCAAAUCUCAAACCUGCCAAAAUAAAACCAGAACCAUUGACACGAUGCUUCUCUUGGAUCCUGGACACGAUCACGACCCCAAGAUUUAAUGUGGUCGACAGGAAACGACAGAAACCACCAGACCUUUGUCCAGUGAAACCAGUCAGGACGUGUUGAACUGAAAGGACGAUGGUUCAUGUUCGAGCUGACACAUUAAUUCACUGAUCAGUCGAUCACGAUCCAUAUUGAUAAUCCAUCAGUCCAUCGUUUCAUUAACAGAAACAUUUCCCAGUGAGCAUUUUUAUUUCAGUUUUAUGGUGAAAGAAAAUGUUCACCUUUUAUUUUAUGAAAUUUCCCAAGCGAAACUUUAAUUUGAUUAUUCGAUAAAAUGAUCUGCAAAAAUCCAAUGAAUUCUUAGUUGUGGCCCAGAUGAACUCAUAUAAUAAUAUAUCAGACUUUUUCAAAUUCACGGUUAAAUCUGAACACAGAGUCUGACUGUCACUGUAGCAUCCACGUGUCUCAUACAUCUGAGAUUUAGGAAUACUUGUUAAAUCCAGACUUUGGAGGAUCCAGUCAUUUAAACUCGUUCAAAGAUACUAAACCAAGUUGAGCUGAAACUCUGGAUCCACUUCAGAUCCACUUCAGAUCCACUUCAGAUCCACUUCAGAUCCACUUCAGACCCCUUGUGGAUCCAGGACGUUUCCCCCGACCGUCCCAGUGUUGGGUUUCAGACUGGUGGCUCGUUGGUCCACGUGUUGUGGCGGGACAUGUUUGCUGUACAUACUUUGCCUGUUCCUUGUAAGAUAAUAGAUGUUCUGUUCUUAGUCCUCUUGUAAAAUAUAGUGUUAUAUUUUCUAUAUGAAGGAGAGGAGUUGAGAUGCUGCUGUGGUGGAUGGACGAGUGCGGACGGACGCACAUCUUCAUCUGUGUGUUGAGACUUUGUGCCGUCGCCGGUUUAAACAGAACAGUCCCAGAAUGUUUCCAGAGAGCCGCUGCUCUUCUUCAGCCUGUGUUGUACAUGUUCAGAGGUUUUUAAACAUUUCCUACCCCCCGAGUUUUUAAAGAAGGAACAAAGCUUUAUUUUUUUGAUUGAGGCUCAGGGGAGGAAGAUGAACAUCAGUCACCAAACAAACUGAACCUUUUCUUUUGUCAGCCGGUCGCCUCACACCAGCCUGUCGCGGUUCACUGCUCCGACCGGAGCUGGAAGAAUUUCUCUCACGUCGCUGUCGAGGCUUUGAAAGAGUUUUAUUCUGCUUCACGUGAACCUAAAGUUUUCAACCUGAUUCCAGAUGUUUCUCUUUCUUCUCUCUGUCUAAACUCUGCUCCUUUUGUCUUUAUCAGACCUCUAAGGUUUAUUAAUAUGUGAGAAAUAAAACAUUUAUUAACCAACGUGCUGCAACUUUACAGCAGAAACUUUCACACGAUGACAUCAUCACAUCAGUUCUCUUUAAGCAAAUCUUCAUUUUUACCCACAUUUGACUUUUUCUGCCAAAACUACAACUGUGUGAAUCCAGUGAUCGACAGUCUAAAGCUUUAAUAAAACUUUAAUAUGAGUGAAGGUGAUUGGACGGAAAGUGGUUUAACUUCCUGUUAAAUACAAACAGACAAAAAAACCCGAUGUUCGAGGACGAAUCUGUUUUUAAUUUAAACUUUUCUUUGAUAUUUAAGAGAUUUUAGAUCUGAGAUUUUUUUUAAUUAAAGGAAAGAGAAAUUUUCAGCUGAAUCCAAACUUUCAUUUAUAUUUUUAUCAGAGUCCGGAUUUGAUCCCAGUGAAAACAGCCUUUUAAACGAGUCUCAAUCUGGUUCAACAGAAAUCCUGAAAUCCUCAAAGAAUAUAGAUUUCAAUAUUAUGAUGAUAAUAUUAUCAUUUUCCUUCGUCUCUUCAACCUGUUGUUUUAUUCAACAGGGAAUUCUGCAGAACAGGUUUUAAAGCUUUCAGGAGACAUUCACGGAUUUUAAGAAAACAAACAAAAAUUCAUUCCAGCAUCGAUUCUUCAAACAUCAACGCUUCAACGUCAGAGGAAUAUUUUAUUAUUAUUUUUUACGUCACAAAUCAGGACACAGUAAUGAAUCUUUUAUAAAAAACUAGAAACUAAAAGAUCAUUUUGGUGUCAGAUAGAAAAGUCUUUAUUUCUAUAACCUCAUUUAACCUAAUACGUCUGUCACUUUAAAGUUCAUUGUGUCGUGAAUCUGUCUUUUUUUCUUAAGUCAAAUUCUAUCAUUUAAAUCCUAAAAAGAUUAAAAACCCAGAAAUGAUGAAAACCUUCUGCUUCUGUUUGGUUUUGGGUGUUUUUGUGUUUAAAAAAUGUCAGUUUGCAAAACUCCCCCAAAUAAGAUUGAGUUAUUGAUUUGAUGAUGAAGUUCUCGGGUUUAGUUCUAAACUCUGACGUCUCAGAGUUUGUGAUGAAACUGAUCCCAGAGUCACAUCACUUAAAUUUCUAAAUGUGGUUUCAGGUACUUUCCUCUUAUCGUUCAGUUGAGACAGAAACAAAAGACAGACCGACAGUUUUAACUUCCUCUCAAGUUACCGUUAAGAUCUCGUUACAAAUACAAACCGAGCGAAUCCCCUUCAAGUCGACAUCUGCAGUGAUUUCACGUCCUUCAUGAAUAACUGUCUAAUAAUAAUAUUAAUAAUAACGACCCCAACUCAAAACUCGUGAAAAAUAAGAUUUCAGCUCCUCUGCAAAGAUCAGUAUUUUUAUAAUGUUCGGUUUUUUACUCAGUUUAUUAUUUCUUUGUUUCUCUUCCUCAUGUUGAUGGAGACGUUUGACAUCUGUGUUUUCCUCUGUGACAGAUUCUGUUGGUUUUAAAAUGUUCAGUAAAGUGAAAUGUGGAUUCACUGCGAACAGGCGCCAGUGGACGUGACUGCAGCUCCUUUCAUUUCUCUGUUGUACUGUUGCUGUAGUUUCUCUGUAACAUAAAUGUUUUCUAAGUUAUUAAACCAACAUCCAGGCAUCUCCUCAAACACACA